AUGAUGGAAAAAUAUUUUCUAUUGAUGAUCAUUUGCUGCGGAAUUCCUGGAUAUUUCUGCCAAGAAUUUCGACGAUAUCAGGAGGAAUUGACAAAAUUGUGUCCUAAUAAGUGUAGCUGCCCGCAGACGACUGUGAGAUGUACUCUUCAAAAAUUGACAACUAUUCCACGAGUUCCGGAUAACACUACUGUCCUGGACCUGAGAUUCAACGAAAUAAUGGACAUACCAGCAGGAAUUUUCGAAAAUUCGCCAAAUUUAAAUACUCUUAUAUUGAAUGACAAUCAAAUUAAAUAUUUACAAAAAGAUGCAUUCAAGGGGGGUUUGAAUUUAAAAGUAAUUUAUUUAUUCAAGAAUCAAAUUGAGAGAAUUGAGCCUGGUGCAUUUGAUAAUUUGGCAAAAUUGGAGCAUCUCUAUCUUCAUUACAAUUACUUGACGGAGAUAAGGAAAGGCACGUUUAACAAUUUGCCAGCCUUGCAAAAAAUUUCCCUUCAGAAUAAUGAUAUACGUCGAAUAGAAUUUGACGCGUUUCGCAAUAUUGGACCUGCAACACGAUUACAAAUGAACACUAAAGCUUUGGAAUGCACCUGUAAUUUAAUGUGGUUAAUUGAGCACAUUAAAAAAUUACCGCCAAAUGAAAUGAAUGCUGCUUGCGAUUCUCCUGAUGAUUUAAAAGGAAAACGUCUCGAUUCAAUCGCAUUCGAUGAUUUACACUGUUCGAAACCGAAGAUAAUGGAAGAGCCGGAAGAUAAUACGGUGGACGCGGGGGAGACGAUUAAAUUUCAUUGUCGAGUCUCAGGUGAUCCGGUGCCGGACGUUAAGUGGAUGCGCGACUCAGCGGAAGUGCCGAUUGAUGGCGAACAUUACAAGAUGAUGGACGAUAAUACGCUGAUGAUUUUCGAUGCGAAUGAAAGUGACAAUGGAGACUAUGAAUGCGUGGCGCACAAUGAUAUGGGAUUUAUAAAUUCAAGGAAGGCGAGAGCAUUAAUAGCAAUUCCGGAAUUUCUUCGUUUCAUUGAGAUUCCAAUUUCGCAAACUGUGGAGGCGGGUGUUGAUGUCACGUUCACUUGUAAGGUCGAGGGCGAUUCGGUUAUUGAAUGGUGGAAGAAUGGCAGAUUAAUUGCAGCUGGUGGUCGUUUUCAAUUCGAGGACAAUGGAGCCGUUUUGAAAAUUCAAGCAGCUAAGCAGAGUGAUUCGGCGCGCUAUGUUUGUCGCGCAAAAGGUGGCGAGGGUCUCGCUGAGACGAGUGCUGAUUUAAAUGUCUUGAGGGAGGAUUUUCGACCACCGGAAAUGACCUAUCAGCCACAGGACAUGGAGGUCGAGAGUGGUGCUUCGAUUGAAAUUCCCUGUCGAGCACGUGGAAAUCCAAAGCCAACGAUACAUUGGAAAAAGGAUGGAAUUGCUCUGGAUACGAAUAGAAAUAUUCCUCUCGAUAGAAAUCGUUUUCGAUUGUCGAAAGGAGGAAGUCUUUAUUUGUACAAUAUCUCCGCCCAGGAUGCUGGAAGAUACGAAUGUUCGGCGAUUAACGAACACGGGCGAGCCACCGGACAGGCGCUGCUUCAGAUUCGAAAAGCGGAAGCUAGUGAUGCAAUUGUCUUGAGAGCCUUCCAGGAGGCGAGAAGUGAAAUCGAUCGAGCUAUCAAUAAUACCCUGCAGUCUCUGUUUGGAGGGCAAAAUACGCAACAUCACAAGGAUCUUUUCCGAAUGUCGAGAUUUCCAUCGGCUGAAGGAAGAGCAGCGGCAAGACCUGCAGAACUAUUCGAGAGAACUCUUCAAAAUAUUCGACGUCUAGUGAGAACUGGAACUUUCGCUAAUGUCACUGAUCAAUUCAUCUAUGACGAAAUUCUCACUCGCGAACAGAUAAUCGAAAUCGAAAGACUUUCCGGAUGUACGGCGCAUCGUCGAAAGGACAAUUGUAAUAAUUUAUGUUUUCACAAACGUUAUCGAACAUUUGAUGGAAGAUGUAAUAAUUUUGAGAAUCCGACUUGGGGAUCGUCCUAUACGGGUUUCAGAAGAAUUUUAAAACCUAUUUACGAGAAUGGAUUUUCGACUCCCGUUGGUUGGGAUAAAAAUCGAUUGUACCAUGGUCAUAAGAAACCGGCUGCAAGAUUAGUUUCAACGUCAUUGAUAUCAACUCACAAUAUUACGUCUGAUGAUUCGAUAACGCAUAUGGUGAUGCAGUGGGGACAGUUUCUCGAUCACGAUCUUGAUCACGCUCUACCGGCAGUGUCGAGUGAAACUUGGGACGGAAUCGAUUGUAAAAAAUCCUGUGACAAUGCGCCGCCGUGCUUCCCCAUGGAAGUGCCACCGAACGAUCCUCGAGUGACGAAUCGAAGAUGUAUCGAUUUUUUCAGAACCAGUGCUGUUUGCGGAUCUGGUGAAACGAGUGUUCUUUGGGGAAAACUCACACCAAGGGAGCAAUUGAAUCAAUUGACGAGUUAUUUGGACGCGUCGCAAGUUUAUGGCUACGAUGACGAUGUGGCUAGAGAUCUUCGUGAUUUGACCACAGAUCGUGGAUUAUUGCGUGAAGGACCGAAUUUUCCGAAUAGAAAACCUUUGCUUCCUUACGCUUCCGGGCAGUUUGUGGACUGUAGACGUGAUCCUUUGGAAAGUUCGAUAAAUUGCUUCCUGACCGGAGAUUUUCGUGCCAAUGAGCAAGUGGGACUUUUGGCGAUGCACACCAUUUGGAUGAGGGAGCACAAUCGAAUUGCCCGAAGACUUUUCGAAAUUAAUCCACAUUGGCGAGGCGAGAAACUUUACCAGGAGGCGAGAAAAAUCGUCGGUGCCGAAAUGCAACAUAUCACUUUUAAUAAUUGGAUUCCUACAGUCCUUGGAGGAUUUUUAGAAAGCUAUCGUGGUUAUAAUUCAAAAUUAGACGCGACGAUAUCGAAUGUCUUCGCGACCGCUGCUCUUCGAUUUGGUCAUUCACUCAUACAGCCACGUUUGGAAAGAUUGGACGAUAAUUUCUCGUCGAUUCCUCAAGGUCCAUUGGAUCUCAGGGAUGCUUUCUUUUCCCCAUGGCGAUUAGUCGAGGAAGGUGGUGUUGAUCCCCUAAUCCGAGGAAUGUUUGCAACCGCAGCCAAACUCAAAUUACCGGAACAAAAUCUCAAUAUUGAAUUAACGGAACAAUUGUUUAGAGUCGCUCACGCCGUGGCACUUGAUCUUGCCGCAAUGAAUAUUCAACGUUCUCGUGAUCACGCGAUUCCCGGUUAUCUAGAAUGGAGAAAGUACUGCAACAUGUCGAAUGUCUCUACAUUCGAGGAUUUGAAAAAUGAAAUUAGCAGUGAACGCGUACGGGAAAAAUUACAGGAACUUUAUGGUCAUCCGGGAAAUAUUGACGUUUGGGUGGGAGGAAUAUUGGAGGAUCAAUUACCGAAUGCUAAAGUUGGACCACUGUUUAAGUGUCUUUUGACCGAGCAAUUUCAACGAAUGAGAGAUGCCGAUAGAUUUUGGUACGAGAGUCCAUCGACGUUCAAGAGCGAACAACUUGAACAGAUAAAAUCGACAAAUUUUGCAAGAAUAUUGUGUGAUAAUGGCGAUAAUAUCACGAGAAUUCAAAGAGAUAUUUUCCAUUUACCGAGUAGUGCGAAUCCAAUUAUUUCUUGCGAGGAAAUACCAGAUAUUGAUUUGAGAUUGUGGAACGAAUGCUGUGAAGAUUGUCAAGAUCAACCGAAUGAUAUUUCUAGAUUUAGAAGAAGUGCGGCGAUAAAAUAUUCCAAGAGUGAAAAUUUAAUGUCUAAAUUUAAUUUCCAGUCGGAGUUGAAUCGAGAGGAGAAGAUGGAAUUUAUUCAUCAUCUACUGAUGGAAACUGAUGAGAAAAAUGAAUUGUUGAAAAAAUUGACUAAUGAUGUUACGGAAAAUAUGAGUGAAAUGAAAUCUUUACUUCAGGAACUGGAGAGAGAGAAAUAAUUUUCUGUUGAUCUUGAACUUGAAAUUAGGUAUAAAGUUAUUUACUUAGGUAUAAAAAUUCGAUUCGAUUUAAACCAUUGCUUUGAAAUUGUACCAGACGCAUUUUAUCUGUUAUUGUGUUAAAUAUAUUUUCUACUUUAAUAA